AUGAGGUUUGCAUUUUUAUUUUUAGUUGCAACCUCUUUGGUUUUGAGUGAUUAUUGUGAAUGUAAACAGUUUACAAGAUGUGGACUAGCUAAAACUUUGCUGCAAAUAAAAGGCAUUAAAAAAAGCUUUUUGGGGACUUGGGUAUGCUUGAUAGAGAAAGUGAGUAAGAGAGAAACUACCGCUCUUACAGUGAAGUCAAAUGGAAAGAAAGCCUAUGGAUUAUAUCAAAUACCCAGCGAGUGGUGUAAAGAAGGCAAACGCGGUGGCCGCUGUAACAUAAAAUGUGAAGAUCUGCUAAACGAUGACAUCCGUGAUGACACAGCGUGUGCUCUGAAGAUCAUGGAGGAGCAUGGUUUCCAGUACUGGUCGCUUUGGACUACGAGGUGCAAAAAUGACAACUUCAUCACUAAUGAGAUUUAUAAAUGUCCAGACCUAAACCGUCUCAGUCCAGAACGCAGCCUAUUUCUGAACCGAGGCUCAGCUCUAAGACGAAGACGUUCAAUCAACAGGACUAUCCGAAAAUCCAGGUUCAGAAGAUCUAGGCGUACAAAUUAA